CUCCACUGUUCGUCUUAGGACUUCACUCAUGCAGAGGCACUCGCCUAUGGCGUUCCUAAUUCCGGUUCUCCUCUUCUUCCAGGGCGUCUCUAUAGCCUGGAGUUCCAUACCUGCGAGGUACGAUGGCUUUCCAUACGGCGAGAACUGGGGGAUCGCUGACGGCAUAAUCGUGGAAUCUUUUUUCGAUCCUUUAUGUCCCGAUAGCAGAGACACUUGGCCUCCUCUGAAGCAAGUUCUCCUGGAAUAUCACCCUCGCAUCUCUCUGCUCGUCCACCCUUUUCCCCUCCCAUAUCAUGAUAAUUCGUUUGUUGCUUGCCGAGCACUUCAUAUAGCCAACACGCUAAAUGUAUCUGCCACUUAUCCUUUACUAGAGCUGUUUUUUAAAUACCAGGAAAAGUACUACAAUGGUCCAACCAAAAACUUAUCCCGGGAAGCAAUAGUUGAUGACAUUUCAAGACUCGGCGCCGAAGCAGUUGGGAGCUCUCUUUUACCAGAAUUCAAAAAUGGCUUCAUCGAUUCCCACUCUGAUUCAGCCACAAGAACAUCGUUCAAGUAUGGGUGCACCAGAGGAGUCUUUGGCACGCCAUUCUUCUUUGUUAACGGAUUUCUUCUCCCCAACGCUGGUUCUGCUAUUGACUACGAGACAUGGAAGAGUGUGAUUGAACGUUUGGUGAGAAAUCAUGAGGAAGAAAUGGGUGAUGCAGUUUCCUCUAUUUAGUGCUUUUAUAUUCGUGCAAGGAUUAUUGUUUUAGAAAUAAAAAUAAAAUUUUUUGUUGUAUUUUUAGUCGAAUGUAUUGUUUCUAUUCUGAUUGUUGUCUGCUUCUUAGUGGUUAUGCUUUGUAUAUAUUUCAUUUGAAAAAAUGACCGUUAAAACCUGAAGUUUUAAGU